AUGAACGCCUUGAUCCAUACGAAAACGAUGAUGACCGGCUACGGUGGAGUGAUUCGACGAUACUCCUCAUCGAAAUUAUGGCACAACACCAAUUGUAUGACAGGCGGGAUAGCGUUAGUUUAUACAGAUUUGAGAGAUUCAAGGAGCUUACUAUUGCAUCCCAUGUACAUAGUACCAGCAACGUACGUUAACAACAUGACGUACCCACAAAUACGAACACUUUACGUAACGCCAAGUUGGAGGGGCCAGGAACCAUCGUCUAAGAUCGAGGAGACGGUAAAGACCAUCAAGGAAGAGAAAGAACUCAAAGAUAAAAUGUCAGAGAGUCUCGUUAAAACUGAACAGCCAAAGAAAGCUGUUGCCAAACUCUCGAUAUGGCAGAGAGUUAAAGGGGAAAUAUUGCACUAUUAUCAUGGAUUCCGACUGUUAGGCCUUGACAUGAAAGUGUCAGCAAAGUUAAUAUGGAGAAUUUUACAUGGGAAGGAACUUAGUAGAAGAGAACACCGUUUGUUGAUAAAAACCACUGGAGAUAUGUUCAGAUUGAUCCCUUUCUCUGUGUUUAUUAUCGUCCCGUUUAUGGAAUUCUUAUUACCUGUUGCAAUUAAAUUGUUCCCUGGCAUGUUGCCUUCUACUUUCCAAACGGCAACUGAAAAGGAGGAUAAACUCAAGCAAGCUCUAAAGGUUAAAAUAGAAAUGGCAAAGUUUCUGCAGAAAACGUUGGACGAAAUGGCGGUGCAAUCCUCAGAUCACAGGUCCGAAAAGGCUAAGGAAUUUGUGGAAUUCUUCUACAAAAUACGAUCGACCGGCGCUGUCGCAACUAACGAAGAGAUCAUGAAAUUCAGCAAGCUUUUCGAGGACGAAAUAACACUGGACUCUCUUUCGCGGCCGCAAUUGAUAGCUUUGUGUCGCGUAUUAGAUGUGCAAGCACUCGGCACCACCAAUUUCUUGCGAUUUCUACUCAGGAUGAGACUGAGAAGUCUCACCGCAGACGACAAAUUAAUCGAGAAGGAAGGUAUCGACACUUUGACUCGUGCUGAACUGCAACAAGCAUGCCGAGCACGUGGUAUGCGCGCUUAUGGAUUGCCAGAGAACAGAUUAAGGGAGCAGGUAUCACAAUGGCUGGACUUGAGCUUGAACAAAAAAGUUCCACCUUCCUUACUGUUGCUGUCACGAGCGCUCAUGAUACCAGAAGCCACACCCAUGUCCGACAAACUGAAAGCGACUAUCUCGGCUUUACCUGAUGCGGUCGUGGCUCGUACGAAGGGUGCUAUUGGAGAAAAAGAAGGUAAAGUGGACCACAGGACAAAUAUUGAGAUUAUAAAGAUGGAGGAACGCAAGAUCGAGGAAGAAAGGAAGGAGCAGAAAGAUAUCAAGCCACAGCCAAUUAUCUCGGAACCUGAUACGAAAGAGGAUGAAAUUACUGCUACAGACGUCAAAGUUUUAGAACAAGCUCUGGAUUCCAUCGGCAAGGACAAUAAAAAGAUGGUUGUGGAGAAAGAGGAAAUCAAAGAACUUAAAGAAGAGAUGGCAGAGUAUCAGGAAGACAUUAAGGAGUUAUAUCAGAUCAAGGCAGAGGCGAAAGGUCAAGCAGACAUAGAAAAUCUAAAGAUAUCGAAGGGUUCAAAGAGAUUGUUUAAUAAAGUCAAUAAAAUGAUCUCGAAAAUGGAUGCUGUCCUGUUGGAGCUGGAACAAUCCGAGAAAAAGGUGAAAGAGAGAUUAAAAUCACUGGGUCCUGACGAGAAGAAAGACACCAAGGACGUUGAAGAAUUAGUUAAGAUCGACGAACUGGUUGCGGCUAUUAAACAAAUCCAAAAUGUGCCCGACGAACAUCGAUUAAAACGUAUAGUAGAAAUUUUAGGAAAAAUUGAUGACGAUCAUGAUGGUGCAAUCAAGAUAGAAGAUGUACUAAAGGUUGUAGAGUUAAUAGGUAAGGAGGACGUUAAAUUGAGCAAGGAGCAAGUGGAUGAACUAAUAGAGUUAAUGGACAAGGAGGAAGAAUUAGAAGUAGAUGAACAAAUACAGAAGCUUGAGAAGGAUGCCAAGGCAGCUCAGAAGGAGAAAAACAUAACGGCUACGCAUAAAUCCACGGUCCCCGCUACACCGGUGACAACCGAACCGGGGUAUGGGAAGGAAGAGCUGGUGGACGAUGCUGCCACGGAAUCCAGUAAAUCCUACGCUACUUCGUCCGUCGAAGAAGCGAAACAAAAAUCAGCUGCCGUUCUCAAAAGUAAUCCUAAAUCCGACGAAGGGAAGAAUCCUCCACUUACAUCGGGUGUUCCACCAACGACGAAAAAGGCGGAAGGUUCAAAACAGCUGUGAUUAGCGCACAAUGAAGUAUAAAUUAAUGUAUAUGUAACUGUCGAAGCAAUCUUUUUACUGCGAAUUUGACAUGAUAAAGUAUUGGUAUAGAUCCUCGUCUGUAUCCGCAUAGUACAUGUUUCCAUCUUCAGAAAAAUAUCCUAUGUUAUUUUCUACAAACGGAACACAUGAUUACACAGCGAAGGAGAAUCAUUUUACUCAUUUGCACAAAGCAAUCUUAUCAAUAAUACAGCCGGCGAUAAUUAUUCGUUACGUCAUGCGUUGCGUUAUCAAUAUUUUGUACAUGAAACUUCAAUGUGCAGAUAUUGCGUCAUAUGUUUGAAUAAUCGAAUAAUAUUGGGUUACUUUCAAUUUCAUAUGUUCUGUUAUACGCGUAGACGCGUUCAAAAUUUUCCUUUGAAGACUGUGAUGCAUUUAACAGCAUCAUUCUUAUAAUUUCAUCCCAGUAAUGAUAAUAAUGUGUGCUGACAUAAAUACAUCGUUGAAGAUUUAUUCUGAAAUUUAUUGUCAAUAUUGUAUAUUGUAAUCUUCAAGCCAUAGUUGAGAUAUCGAUACUAGUAAUAUUGACAAUAAAUUAGAGAAUAUUGAAAAUAAAAUGUUCAGUAAUAUGGUUAUAAUAUGAUUUAACUUCAGUAAUCCUAGUGGAUAUAAUCAUUCCAUCUGUUGAAAUGCCAUCGUAUAUUUGUAAUACAUCGAGGAUGUGUCAUAGCUCAGAGUAACAACAUUAAAUUGCGCACCGCGAUUUCAACACUGAGUUUUUGUCAAGCAAGAUGUAAAUGAAUAGUAAUUUAUAAUUUAUUUUAUCAUAAAUUUGCAGAACACAAAGAUAUAAUCUACCCUAUAUAUGUUAUGUUUUAUGUACUACUGUUGUACAAAAGGAGUAAAAGGAAAUAUGUAAAAAUAUAGAUUAUACACAGAUUCUAUUUUUGUGGUUUGUACUACAUAAAAUACUGAAUUUGCAGAUUUCGUUAGAGAGAUAUUUUUAUGUGACAAAAUAUUAUUUCAAUAUUGACGCAUUACAUAUAUGUGUGAGGAAAUAGGAAAUAUUGUAUUGUACAUUUGCGUUAUUUGAUAAUAUUAACUGGAUGAAGAUCAUUUAAGAUAUAUUAUAGAAAUAUGAAUUUAGCGAAAAUAUCUAGACAAUGAUCUAUUUCUCUUCUACGCAUGAAAAUCCGAAUGUACAUAAGAAUACAUAUUAUUUUUUUAAAUUUUUAUAGGAUACUGUCAAAACAAAAAUAAAACAGAAAUAUCAAGUGUCCUAUAAGAAAUUUUCAUAGAAUUUUAUGUCUUUUCCUCCCUUUUUCUUAUUCUUAUCUCUUAUUUAUUCUACUUUUUUCCAUAUCGUUUCUCCAUAUUUCCAAAAAUAAUUAAUCUUAAAAAAAAACAUGCUUUAAAAUUAAUCAGGUGGUAACUGAUUUUUUUAACAAUCGCCAAAUCGAUAUUUUUGGAUAUGAAUGAAUGGAUAAAUGAUGGUUGAAUAAUUAAUCGGGGCACAUUGAAAUUACAUAAAAAGAUUUUUAAUUUAUGACAAAUAGCAGAUCAAACAUAAAAUUGCAAAGAUCUAUACUAGUGUGAAUAAUAAUUGUGUACAUAUAUAUCUGGAUAUUUGAAUCUAAAUGCUGUCAUAAAGCUCUUCUAAAUAAUCUUAAAGUUGAUUUAUCUCGUUCCACUAACAGCGAACACUUAAAAGGCACAAUCAAUUUGAACAGUACAAAAGUAUCAAAAUUAAAUAUACAGAUAUUUCCCUUCUCUUUUAUAAAAAAUCUAUAAAUCUAUAAUAUAUGCACUUGUUUGCGAAAUUUAGAAAUUAUCCUGUAACAGCAAUCCCAAUCCACUUUUCAAAAUUAUAUUAUUAUAUUGAAAUUUGUUUUUUUAUAUAUUUAUUUUAUAUAUUUGUAUAACUACACCUCAUAGAGGUAGGUUUUUUGUGACAUAUGACUUAAUUACAUGAUCAGUCUCUGAUUACAGUCUAUCCCAUUAGACAUAAAAAUUUAUUUUAUUGUUACAUUAUGGCUUGAUAUUUUUUAGAUGUGCGAAUAACAAUGAAUGUUAAAUGUCAUUGCAAGAUAAGAUAACCUAUUGCAAUUUUGUAAAAGAAUAUAAGAAUGUGAGAUUAUAAAUUACAUUUCCUCUUAUCAAAAGUUAUCCUGAAUUUUCAUUUUCAUAUAUAGGAUUUAUGUUAAAAAUUUACAUUUAUUUCUGCAUGUAGAAUGCGAUUAUUCUAUUGUGUAAUAAAAUCUAAUAACAUAUUGUACAAAAAAUAUAGAAAUAAGUUAA